UCAAGGAAAUCAGCGCGACCGCUUUCCACGUUCCCGCUGAUCGCUUCAUCCAAGAGGCGACGUGCCUCCCGUUGGCUGCGCGCGCCGAGGCGUCACCAUCUGUCACUCAGCUGCGGCGCCUCAAGUAUGCGUCCUUCCCCGGUCUCCUCCCAGAGUGGCAACAGCUGUAGCCUGUGGAGCACAGGUCUAACAUCCGUACCCCGAGACCGGCUUGACGUUGGCGUCGGAAACCAGAGCGAAUAAAGGAAUCUGUUAGUUGUCUUUUAAAGUCAAUCCAAGCUUCUUUUUAACUGGAUAACAACGUCGGUCAUGGCGAACCGGGCUUUCCACGUGCUGCACUUGCUUUUGAUCCUGCAGCCCAGCCGGAGUAAACUACUAUCCGGUGAUUUGGGGGACGCCGACGUCUCACCGGCGGCGGAGCGGCGCGUCUUGACGCACGACGCCGCAAACCGGGACAUGGUCUCCAUCAGCAUGUUCAAACUGCACGAGAAGUACAGCGAAGAGCCGCAGAGUCAGCGGGAUGGGAACACCGUGAGAAGCUUCAGAGCUGUGCCGAAAGUGUUCCGUGGCAAAGAGGCGCUUCAGUUCAACUUGUCCUCCAUCCAGGACUCAGAGGUCGUCCUUUUGGCCUCCUUUCACUUUCUCCACAAGCGUCCGCGCCAUCACCAGCGACCGUGGCGCUUCCGCAGGCCCCGCCACGCGCUGGGCGGCCUCCAGAACCGCCAUCCCCGCUCCCCGCAGCUCCUCUUCCACGCGACGUCCCCGGACUCGGCUUCCGCCGCCCCGGUGGGGAACGUGACCCUGGCCCCUUUCAGGAGGGGCUCCUGGCAAACGAGGGACGUGACGGCGGUGGUGAACCGCGCCAGGGCCGUCGGGGAGCUGGUGCUAGUGGUGGAGUUUGACACGGGCUCCGGGGCCCAGCAGGGGGGCGGUCCCGGCCGGGAGCCGUCUCCAGGCAACCUGCCCUACAUCCUGGUGUACGCGGACGAUCGGGCCAUAGACGAGCCCAACAGCGUGGCUAUGUCGCUGCAGCGCUACGGGCCUUUCCCCAUGGGCGACGACUCGGCCGCCGCCGCCGCGUUACGGAUGCGGAGGGACCUCCACCUCCAGAUCGAAGCCAAUGACAUCCCGGAGGUCCCGUUCGACACCCUGAAGACCCACGAGCUGUGGCAGAACACGUACUUCCCGGCCAAAGCCAGGGCGGCGGCGAAGCCGGCGAGGCGGCAGGGCCCGGAGGGCGGCGCGGGCGCCGGGAGGCCCCAGGUGCUGAGCUUCGACGAGAGGACGAUGAAGAAGGCGAGGAGGAGGCAGUGGAGCGAGCCCAGGGUGUGCUCCCGGAGGUACCUCCGGGUGGACUUCGCCGACAUCGGCUGGAGCGAGUGGGUCCUGGCGCCGAAGUCGUUCGACGCCUACUACUGCGCCGGCACGUGCGGAUUCCCCAUUCCCAAAGCGGCGCGGCCGUCCAAUCACGCCACCAUCCAGAGCAUCGUCCGAGCCGUGGGCAUCGUCCCCGGCGUUCCCGAGCCGUGCUGCGUCCCCGAGAGGACGAGCCCCCUCAGCGUCCUGUUCCUGGACCCCCACAGGAACAUGGUGCUGAAGGUCUACCCCGGCAUGUCGGUGGACACCUGCGCCUGCCGAUAGGGGCGGAGCCACCGGGCCGCGGCCAUGGGACGAAGGAUACAGCACUAGGGCGAGUUUCGGAUGGAAAGCACAGGGAGGACACCAGCCGUGGGUGCAGGUCCCGUCUCUCACUCCCGGAGGUGUAAAAAGUGCACUCGAUCGUAUUCCAGUGUUCUCUGCAAAGUCUCCACUGUACGUUCUGACUGGUUGUUGAACGGUACAAAACACCUGCAGGUAGAUCUUCAUCUCCGGUCGUCACUCGCAAGCUGUUUUCAAUCCCUCUCUCGGCCCUUAAUCACAUCUGGAGAUUUGCCUGGUUUAAUAUCGGCUCUGAUCCCCAUGUCUGGAACUGGAUCCGUCUCGAUUGAGCCGAGCCCGCGUUUCUGACGUCGGCGUCCUCGUGCCGUCCUCUCCUCAGACACAGGGAUGAACUCCAUGUAGGCUGUAUAUGCUGUCGCUACUAAUGCAAACUAACCUACAGGAGGGACACGUUUUUGUCACCUUAGCAAAAGAAUGUGAUUCGUAUCUGGGAGGUCAUUGUUUGGACGUGAACUAUAUUCCAUGUUGUAUAUAAUCUGCCCACUGAGCGUUUUAAAUAGCAGAAGCAGCGCCAGAGAGAACACGGCGCGCUGCUGCCACCUGCUGGUCGUUCGCAUGAACUACAGUUUAUUGUGGCUGCUCAGAAACAUAAAUACCAUAAAUGCAGUAUGAUGAUAUGUACAUCUUGUAAUUUACACAGCAGUGACGGUCAUUUUUUUUGUAAGGCGUUGAAAUAUAGCAUGAAGUGAAACAUGAACAUGAUGUUUGCUUGGUAUGAAAAUAAACUGAAUUGUACAUACGGUCAAAUAUAUAUUGUUGGCUUUGUUAGGAUUUAUGAAUGUGUAUAAGCUAUGUGUACAUUUACAAUGACUGUAUAUUAAUCCAUGAGUAAGCAUUAUAUAACUUUAUAUUAGCCUGCAUAUAUUUAAUUUAAAGUUCUCCUGUUGUGCUUAUUUGUACGUGUGUAUUAUGCUCAUUGUGUUUCUUUUUUAAUUAAAGAGCAGGCGUUGGUGGUA